AUGGGCGCCACAAGAGCACAAAAGGAGCUUUACUUCGCGAAGCUCAAGGACUUGGUCGCCAAGUACCCCUCGAUCUUCGUGGUCAAUGUCGACAACGUCGGCUCAAACCAGAUGCACCAGAUCCGUGUUGCCCUCCGUGGCAAGGGCAUCGUUGUCAUGGGCAAGAACACCAUGGUCCGCCGUGCUCUCCGGUCCAUUCUGAGCGAGUACCCCCAGUUUGAACGUCUGCUCCCUCACGUCCGCGGCAACAUCGGGUUUGUCUUCACCUCGGGCGACCUCAAGGAGAUCCGUGACAUCAUCACUGCCAACAAGGUCGCGGCUCCCGCUCGUGCUGGCGCGCUUGCCCCCAAGGAUGUCUCUAUCCCCGCCGGUAACACUGGCAUGGAGCCGGGCAAGACCUCCUUCUUCCAGGCCCUCGGUAUCCCGACCAAGAUCGCUCGUGGUACGAUUGAAAUUGUGUCCGACGUCCAGGUCGUUUUCGCUGGCACCCGUGUCGGCCCGUCCGAGGCGACGUUGCUCAACAUGUUGAACAUCUCGCCGUUCACGUACGGUAUGACUGUCGUCCACAUCUUCGACCAGGGCAAUGUCUUCUCUCCCGAGGUGCUCGACAUCUCGGAGAAGGAGAUUUUGGACCGCUUCCUGUCUGGUGUCCAGACUAUUGCUGCGAUCUCGCUCGCGCUCAAGUACCCCACGCUCGUCUCCGUCAUGCACUCUCUCGUCAACUCGUACAAGAACCUGCUUGCUGUGUCCAUCGCCACCGAGUACACUUUCGAGGGAUCCGAAAAGAUCAAGGAGAUAUUGGCCAACCCCGAGGCUUUCGCCGCUGUCGCUGCCGCCGCCGCCCCCUCAGGCGAUGCUGCCCCUGCCGCGGAGGAGGCUCCCGCUGCGAAAGAAGAGGACGAGGAGGAGUCUGAGGGUGACAUGGGCUUCGGUCUGUUCGACUAG